GCAGCAGCAGUAGCAGCGGCACCAUGGCGCAAGCCGCCAAGCAGCUCCGCAAGGCCAAGGAUUUCGCGGAGGCCGCCGCCCAGGAGCAGAGGGAGAAGGAGGAGGAAAAGAUAAAAAAGAGGAAUCGAUCCAGGGACCGCAGGCGUAAGGCUGAUGCAUCCACCAGCUUUCUGCGUGCAGCUCGUUCAGGAAACCUGGACAAGGCUCUGGAUCACAUCAAGAAUGGACUCGACAUUAACACAGCUAAUCAAAAUGGUCUCAACGGGUUGCACUUGGCUUCUAAAGAAGGUCACGUCAAAAUGGUUCUGGAGCUGCUGCACUGUGGCAUUGAGCUGGAAGCCAUCACCAAGAAAGGGAACACUGCUCUCCAUAUUGCAGCGCUUGCAGGCCAGGAUAAAGUGGUGGCUGAGCUUGUCAACUACGGUGCCAACGUUAAUGCCCAGUCACAUAAAGGGUUCAGUCCUCUGUACAUGGCAGCGCAGGAGAAUCACUUAGAGGUGGUCAAGUUCCUGCUCGAGAACGGUGCUAAUCAGAGUCUCCCAACUGAGGAUGGCUUCACUCCCCUGGCCGUAGCCCUCCAGCAGGGCCACGAAAACGUUGUGGCGCUGCUCAUCAACUAUGGCACCAAGGGCAAGGUCCGCCUCCCCGCGCUGCACAUCGCCGCACGGAACGACGACACGCGCACCGCUGCAGUACUCCUACAGAACGACCCCAAUCCAGAUGUACUCAGCAAGACUGGUUUCACACCUCUCCAUAUUGCAGCCCACUAUGAGAACAUGAGUGUAGCCCAACUGCUGCUGAACAGAGGAGCCAAUGUAAACUUCACACCCAAGAACGGCAUCACGCCCCUUCAUAUAGCUUCCAGGAGGGGCAACAUGAUGAUGGUCAGACUCCUGCUGGACAGAGGAGCACAGAUUGAUGCCAAAACAAAGGAUGAGCUGACUCCUCUCCACUGUGCAGCCAGGAAUGGGCACGUUCGUAUUAUCGAGAUCCUGAUGGAACACGGUGCUCCCAUUCAGGCUAAAACCAAGAAUGGUCUGUCCCCCAUCCACAUGGCAGCUCAGGGGGACCACAUGGACUGUGUCAAGCAGCUACUACAAUGCAGCGCUGAGAUUGAUGAUAUCACAUUGGACCAUUUAACCCCGCUUCAUGUAGCAGCCCACUGUGGUCACCAUCGCAUGGCCAAAGUCCUACUGGACAAGGGAGCCAAAGCCAAUGCACGUGCUCUGAACGGCUUCACACCUCUCCAUAUUGCUUGCAAGAAGAACCACAUGCGGUCUAUGGACCUGCUGCUGAAGCACUCUGCCUCCCUAGAAGCUGUCACAGAGUCUGGUCUCACUCCUCUUCAUGUAGCAGCGUUCAUGGGCCAUUUGAAUAUAGUGAAGCACCUGCUUCAAAGAGGGGCUUCACCUAAUGCUUCCAAUGUGAAAGUGGAGACUCCUCUCCACAUGGCCUCCAGAGCUGGACACUGUGAAGUUGCUCAGUUCUUGCUGCAGAAUUCAGCCCAAGUAGAUGCCAAGGCUAAGGAUGACCAGACACCUCUACACUGUGCUUCUCGUAUGGGCCACAAGGAGCUUGUCAAGCUGCUCAUAGAGCACAAGGCCAACCCUGAUUCUUCAACAACUGCAGGCCACACGCCCUUACACAUUGCUGCACGUGAGGGACAUGUACACACCAUUCGAAUGUUGCUGGACGCUGGGGCACAGCAGAUCAAGAUGACAAAGAAAGGCUUCACUCCCCUCCAUGUGGCCUCUAAAUAUGGAAAGGUAGACGUAGCAGAGCUACUUUUGGAAAGAGGAGCUAAUCCAAAUGCAGCUGGGAAGAAUGGUCUGGCACCUCUUCAUGUGGCCGUCCAUCACAACAACCUGGAUGUUGUUAGACUUCUGGUCAGCAAGGGAGGAUCUGCACACAGCACAGCUCGAAAUGGUUACACUCCCCUGCACAUAGCAGCCAAGCAGAACCAGAUGGAAGUGGCCAGUUGUCUACUGCAGAAUGGGGCUUCACCCAAUUCGGAGUCCCUCCAAGGCAUCUCACCCCUGCACCUGGCUUCACAGGAGGGACGGCCUGACAUGGUGGCUCUGCUCAUCUCCAAGCAGGCCAACGUAAAUCUGGGAAACAAGAGUGGACUGACCCCUCUGCAUCUUGUAGCUCAGGAGGGUCAUGUGGGCAUCGCUGACACACUGGUCAAGCAGGGAGCCUCUGUAUACGCUGCUUCAAGGAUGGGUUACACACCCCUUCAUGUGGCCUGUCACUAUGGCAACAUCAAGAUGGUGAAGUUCCUUCUGCAGCAGCAGGCUCAUGUCGACAGCAAGACAAGGAUGGGCUAUACCCCUCUCCACCAGGCAGCUCAGCAGGGCCAUACUGAUAUUGUCACCCUGCUCUUGAAACAUGGUGCCCAGCCCAAUGAGAUCACAUCGAAUGGGACGUCUCCUCUCGGCAUUGCAAAGCGGCUGGGUUACAUCUCGGUCAUUGACGUGCUGAAGCUGGUUACCGAGGAGUCUGUUUCCACGAUCACUACAGAGAAGCAUCGCAUGAGUUUUCCUGAGACAGUGGAUGAGAUUUUGGAUGUUUCAGAGGAUGAAGGGGUUGCCCAGCUAACGUUAGGUGACGAGUUGCUUGGGAUGGAUGGAGCACGCUACUUGAAGCUUGACGACUUCAAGGAUCAGGAUGAUGACUUCCUGUCCCCCAAGAAGUCUCUAAGAGACUUUGAGGGUGGCAUGGGUACCACGCCGUAUUCUCCUGCUAUUCCCAGGAUUCCUUGUGUGUCCCCAGAAACAGUUCUCUUAGAUCAGCACACCCCCAUCCCUCUGUCAAAGGAGUAUGAUGAAGACUCUCUUAUCCCGAGCAGUCCUGCUACAGAGACUUCAGAUAAUGUCAGCCCUGUGGCCAGCCCUAUUCACACCGGCUUCCUGGUGAGCUUCAUGGUGGACGCUCGAGGAGGCUCCAUGCGUGGCAGCAGACACCACGGUCUCCGGGUCAUCAUUCCUCCUCGCACCUGCGCUGCGCCCACACGCAUCACCUGCCGCCUGGUCAAACCGCAGAAGCUGACCACACCUCCUCCACUGGUGGAAGGGGAGGGGCUUGCUUCCCGUAUCAUCUCUCUGGGGCCUUCCAGUAUGCAGUUUCUUGGGCCAGUAAUCGUGGAAAUCCCUCACUUUGCCUCAAUGGGCCGAGGGGACCGAGAGCUUGUGGUCCUCCGCAGUGAAAACGGCUCCGUUUGGAAGGAACAUCGCAAUCGCUAUGGCGACGAAGUGUUGGAAACUAUCCUGAAUGGCAUGGAUGAAGACCUGGAGAGUCAUGAUGAGCUGGAGAAGAAGAGAAUCCGUCGCAUCAUCUCUACUGACUUCCCACUGUACUUUGCCGUGGUUUCCCGUGUUCAGCAGGAGAGUGACCUGAUCGGUCCGGAGGGUGGCCGACUGAGCUGCACACUGGUGCCACACGUCGAGGCCAUCUUCCCCGAGACGGCCGUCACUAAAAGAGUGAGACUGGGGCUGCAGGCACAGCCAAUCCCUGAUGAACUGCUGACUCGACAGCUUGGAAACCAGGCGACCUUCAGCCCAGUGGUCACCAUCGAACCACGCCGACGUAAAUUCCACCGUCCAAUCGGACUGCGCAUCCCAUUGCCACCAUCCUGGAAGGAGAGUCCCAGGGAUGCCGGGGAGGGUGAUACCACCAGCUUACGCCUCCUGUGCAGUGUCAUUGGUGGAACAGCACCAGCUCAGUGGGAGGACAUCACUGGAACCACAAAGCUGAUGUACGCCAAUAACUGUGCGAGCUUUACCACUAAUGUGUCUGCAAGAUUCUGGCUGGCAGACUGUCCCCGCACAGCAGAGGCUGUGACCUUUGCCAACUUGCUGUAUCGGGAGUUAAUGGCUGUGCCAUAUAUGGCCAAGUUUGUUAUUUUCGCCAAGAUGAAUGAAGCCCGCGAAGGACGCUUGCGUUGUUAUUGCAUGACAGACGACAAGAUGGACAAGACGUUGGAGCUGCACGAAAACUUCACUGAAGUGGCUCGCAGUCGAGAUAUCGAGCUGUUGGAGGGCAUGCCGCUGCACCUGGAGUGUUCUGGGAACCUUGUGCCCAUCAGGAAGGCCACGCAACAGCCGCGCAGCUUCAGUUUCCAGGCCUUCAGAGAUAACAGACUGCCUGUCUCUGUCAAGGUCAGAGAUAGCAACAAAGAUACCACUGGCUUUUUAUCCUUUUUGAGGAAGUGCACCAAGUAUGAGGACACACAGCACGUCCUGUGUAACCUUAACAUAGCCAUGCCACCUUGUGUCAAGGUUGCUGGAAGUGAGGAGCGCAGAAGAACUUUAACCCCUCUUGCCCUGAGAGAGCGCUACAGCGCUCUGAACGAGCCUGGAGGAGCCACAGUUAAUGCCAUGGAGAGGACAGAGAUCAAAAUUAACAUCAUAUCUGAACAGCUGGGUUUGAGUUGGGCAGAGUUGGCACGAGAGCUUCACUUUGGUGUGGACGACAUCAACAGGAUCCGUGUGGAAAAUCCCAACUCUCUGCUGGACCAGAGCUCUGCUCUGCUCAACCUGUGGGUGAGCAGAGAAGGCAAGAGGGCCAAGAUGGAGAGUCUUUACGCCGCACUGAGGAACAUUGACCGUGCGGACAUCGUGACGUCUCUUGAGGGUCAGGCUCCGCAGCCAGCACCCGGUUCUUUAGAGGAGGGAGCAUGUCGACUCAGCAACCGUGACUCCACGCUGCUGUCGCCGAGUGUCAUCAAUGGUUACGGGCUGGUGCAGGAGGAGCUUCUGUCCCCGGCCUCCAUGCAGUACAGCUUGCCCUCUCCUCUGGGCGCGGAGCCGUACUGGCAGGAAGUGUCCAGCCUCGAGUGUGCGCCCAUUGCCACCACAGAGGAAGACACGUUAAUGGAGAUGUCAGAUGUUCAGGUGUGGCCAGCAGGGGUCAGUCCCUCGCUGGUUACAGUGGAGGACUCGUCAUUGGAUGGCAGCAGUCGGGCCGACGACUCGGAGGGCGCCACGCUCUCCCUCCCCUACAGCUUGGGUCGCCCGAGCAGCGGAGCCAGCGGGGCCAGCGGCUCCAUCAUGGAGCUGGAGGAGGAGGAGGAGGAUGAGGAGGAGGAAGGAGAGGUUGAGGAUGAGGAGGCGCCACAGGAGCUGGUGGGUGCACUGGCAGAAAGGGACAGGGUGAGGGCAAGUGGCGCUGUCCCAAAGGUCAAUCUGAAUGGCCAGCUGGGAGGUCAGAGGUUGGACGGGAGGAGAGGGGACGCCUUUGCGGCAGGAGGAGGAACAAAAGGAGGAGGUGAAAGGCUGGGUUCAGUGGAAGGGAUUUCUGUUGUUGCAGGCCAGCAGGUGUAUGCCCAGAGGUGUGAGGUGUCAGGGCUGAGUCGGGCCACAGAACACAACGGAGACAACCGGGUGGUGGGAGGUGGAGCAUUUCAACCCUAUCUACCUGACAAGGACUCCCUGCAGAGCUGGGUCGGCUCAGUGUCACCAGGACGUGACACCGGCGGGCCGGGUCUGCGUGUGGCUCAGGAGGCGCUACUGACUCCGAGAGGGGAGAAGGAGGACUAUGCUGCUGCUGAGACACCGUUUGCUGAUGAACAUGGAACCACGCUCGCUAGAAGGGACAGGAAAGCCACUGCCAAAACAUCCUCAUCAAAAACACAACCAGACCGCAGACGAAAAUGAGCAACAGAGAGGAGAGGAAGACUCUGACAGAGACUAAAAAAAGUGCAAACUACAAAAACAACAAACACAAGAAUCAUCCUCAACCUGUGACCAUACAGAAUCACAAAAGAAAAAAAGGAGGGGGAGGAAAAAAGAGGAGUUCAACGUGUAGUUUUAUAAGAUUUGUAAAGAAAAAUGUCGACUAGACUAAGGCAUGAUUUUUUUCUACAAAAAAAACAAAACAAAACAUAAAUGUCAGUAAAAAUAACCAAGAAGAAAAAAAAAAGCAACAAAAAGUGCUUCCUGUGAACUGUAAUCGCAUGAUGACUGCUGGUGCAUGCCCUUUGACUCUUUCAACUGUCAUUAUCUACAAACUGAAGGGGUACAAGGUUCGGUGACUGACUCACGUGUGGGUCAUGGGCCGUUUUCAGGACCUAAUUCCCGUCCAAGCGGAGUGGAUUGUGUCAGCGAGUUGAGUCCCGUAAACACAACAGCCAAAAAAAAAAAGAGUCCCUCAACGGAUGGAUCUGUAUACAGUUACGCCUCUGCUGAGCCUUCCAAACACUUCUCUCACUGGACCCUUUCCCCUGUUACUCUCUGUGUGAUAUAUGCACUCUAUGCUACGUGGACAUGUGUCAGAUUGUGUAUGUGUGCGUAUGUGUGCGUGUUUUCUUCUCUAACCGCAUGUGUUUCUUGCUUCUGAUGUGGCGCUGAGCCCCGCCCCCCCCAUGAUUGGCUUACUUGGCCCUGUGAUGUCACGGCGCAAUCAGCGCCGGAGUGAGAAAAGCCGCCGUGCUUCCUCCGCUCGUGAGUGUUCCUGUCUGUGUGUCCUUUUUGGUUCUCUUUUGUCGAAACAACGCUCGCUUUCUUGGUAAAACCUUUUUCUUUCUUCAGGGCACGCGUCCGCCUCACUUUUUCGGCUUUGUUUGCCGUGGACACAUGGUUUUCAGACACGUGGAAUGUUUUCGUCAGAAAGCAGCCGAUGAUGCUUGAUUGUACUGUGCAGCAGCUCUGUCACACAAAGAUCAAGUUUUCUCUCCCUCGUGACGUUUUCUGCCUUCAUCCACCGGUUCCUCCCAGUAGCGCACGCCAUUUUGAUGCACAUCCUUUAUCAGUAGCCUCAAUCAAUAUGCAGUAAAAUCACAGGGCAUCUCCAUCUGCAUCUGUCAUGUAUGAAAACUUUGUGAGCUCCCUACUUUUUCUCCGCAACGGGUGUAGCACCUUUGCCGCGUCCAAUUUGUUUUGGUUCCUUCAUUUGAAACUUUAAAGUGAACGAAGUGGAGAAGGAUCUGAUUUGAAGGAUUUCUGGCAACAUCAUGCAGCAUGCAUGAGUGUGAUUGUGAAAGGAUUAGGUAGCACUGUGAACGUCUUACUAACACUGACCCCAGACUCGUGAACUGUGAAGACACACUCACACACACAACAGAGAAAAAAAAAGCAUAUAGACAGACAAAAGCACACCCACAAGCACAUGAAUAUUAUGUAAUUAUAUAUCAUUGCCUGGUCAGAUGGCUCAGAUAGUUUUUUUGGAGUAUGUCACAGCAAUAAUACCAAACGAAGAGUACACAGUAGAGUGGAAGCUGAGUAGUUUUGUUCAUCUACAGUAUAAAAAAGGCUUUGUUGCAGAAAAGAAUGGGUUAAAAUGAUGAAAUCCCAUCUUGGUAGCGGUAUGGGAAGGAUUUUCAACAUAUAACGUAGCAAAUCAUAAACCAGGACGUGUCAAUGUACAUAUGUUACCCUGCUGCUGCUGCUGCUCAGAGGUGAAAACCAACACACUCUUGUUUUAUUUUUUUCUGUGUACUUUUAAGUUUUAGUCGAUGUUAACCGCCAGAUCUUUUCCUCUCUGUAUGCAGAAAACUGAAGGCAGCACCACAGCAUGUGAAGGAGGUGACAUCAUCGUAGCACACACACACUUCCUGCAAAACAAAAACGAAACGUGUAUCCCAUAAGUACUGUAAAUGCUACUGUAGCCUGAAUGAGUGAGACACCGAAACUGAUGAAUGAAUGAACACCAAACACAUGAUAUGAAUGCACACAAUAUUUUUCAUCAGAUACAGUAUAUUGCACAUGUUUUAAUCACAUAUCACACAUUUUCCACUGUUAUUCCACUCAGGUUUUCAGUUCUGCUCGGCCAGAAUCAAAAUGUUUUUAAGUUUCCUCUCGGGGGAGGAGGGAAGAGCGCGAGACACAAAAAAUGAAUCAAGCUGGGGGGGCGUUUUUGGGGAGGGGGAGAUGGGGGUGUUUGUUGGUUCAUGUAUGACGAGUUUGUGUGCACAUGUGUGUCUGUGAGAGUGGGAGUUAUUGGAUUCAAAUACCAAAAAAAAUGGUCAUUAAACACGUUGCGUUCAGCUUCAGGGGGCAGCAAAGGGACACUUGUUUUUAACAGUAAUGAACAAAACCAAAAUGGUAUUAGUGAAGCAUUCCAGGGUUCCCACAGGUCCUUGAAAGUUUGUUCAUUUAAAAACAAAAGUUUUUGAAAAUUGCCAUUAAUAGACAUGGGUAAUUGAAAGUGCUUGAAAGAAGUUAAGUUGACGCAAGACCAUGCAGAGAAAUGAGUGAGUACAAGUGAAAUGGUAAUUCCAAGAUCUCGUGUCUCACCAAAGAAAGUUAAAAAAGACUGACUUUGACCAAGAUCCCAAGGAUGCAGAGCGUGCUGCAAAUCAAUAAAAGCAGCCCUCCCAUCUUAACCUGUGUUAGCACAUUUAGUCCUGGAAAGUCCUUGAAGUUGACAUCAACCAAGGUGUGGGAACCCUGGCGUUCACUCCAACUACAAACAAGCACACCUAGUAGUUGUAACAAGUAGAGAUAGUGUCCCUGCAAGACAAAACAGCAGCUCCGACAGUGUUUUUAUUUCAGUAAUUAUUCAAUUUAAACACUUUAUCUCAUAAAGUCCAUACUGGUUAUUCAGUACAGUCACUUAAGUGACACAUUCUCCUUUAUUCGUUAUCUUGUUCUGGUGUGAGCACAAGAAAGAAGCUGAAUUUUUGGCAUUUUAAAGAAAAGACCAUAUGACUAGAGCUUUGUAUUUAAAGGUCCAGUGUGUAGGAAUUAGUGACAUCUAAGGUGAGACUGUUGGGGAACUAUGGUGGCCUUCGCAUACCAGAAAGGACGUCUUUCACAACUCCCUGACAUUUCGUUCUUGGCUGUUUUACGCAUUGUGAGCUGUUCUUUGUUUAUGUUUUUUAAAAAAGCAUCCUUACAUGCUCCUGUAGAAAGCAAUACCCUCGUCUGUUGGGCGUAACUGUUUUUGCUUAAUUUAUUCUCGUGCUAAUUCUCUAUAUUCUCCUUGUUUUAGUCAUUCUUAUUUCAUAGAUUUUGUAUUACAUAGUUUAAAUUUUUAAAGCAGUUGAACACAUAUUCAAACAUACUUAUGUGUCAUAUAUUGACUUUCUGCCCAUUUUAAAUGUUACGCACUGGACCUUUAAGACAUUAUACUUAAGAAUUAACCCUAUUUUUGUAUUUAAAUGACUUUGAUUUGAAGCCGCCCUUCUAAAUUGAUGUCUCUGUGUGAGACGGUGUUAUUGAAUCAGGCGGUCAGACACUGGUGACAGUCUUUAGUCUUCCCAAGGAAAACUUCCAAUCAGCCUUCAGAUUUAAAAAUGUUUCCCGACAUCAAACUGGAGGCCAUUCUAAAUUUUAAAUAAACGUGUCUUAACGCCAUCUCAUUUGUCAUUACCACCAAAUCCAUCAAAAUGUAAGUAUAACUUACAUAUUUUUCAAGCAUUAUCCUCAUGUUUACUGCUAAAAAGAUUAUUUACAGAUUUGCAAACCAGGAGUCAUCUACAUUGGUUUUAUGUCCGGAUAUAAUUUGAACGUGCAUUGUCCGUGAUCCUGUAUGUUGCACUGUAUGAAAAAUCACUAUUUUUAUGUUUCAUGGAUAUCAUGUAAGGGUGCGUGAGUGUGUGUGUGUGAGUGAGAUCAUGCUUGGUUUUACACUUACUUCGGAUCCGGGGGGAGGGGUAAGAAAAGCAAAGAUUUUUACCCGGCGUGUGACUCGAGAGGACAUGUAACCCUGCAACGAUGUAUUUUAAAAACGAGUAUUGUACAAUUUUAAGUGUAUCGAAAGAAUAGGGAUCACCUAUACUCCUUUUAGUAUGGAUACAUGGCAAUGUAAACGCAAUAUCAUAUACUCUAUCCUAAGGAAUGCAACCGCGCACAUGCACACACACGUAAAAAAAAGAGAAACGAUGUUUUUAUGAAAAAUAUAUGUAUAAAUAUAUGACAAAAUAUAUUUAAUUAGAAUGCUAUGCACCCUCAUAGAGUUGUUAUGGAUGUUCUUUAAGCAUUAUGUAGACUAGGCCGACGCCCAUCUCAUGGGGAAUGUAGAGGCUUCGUAGCUAUGACCACUUGUUUGCUUUUCUUUUGUAUCGUCCCUGGUCGAGAGGAGAGUUAAACCGUGAACAUGUAUACAAGCCUUUCAAUCAGAGUCGUUCUGACAUGAAGAUAUGUAUAGAUCAUCUUACCCCGUUACACCAGCUCAAACCAUUUACAAGGAUUAAUAAACAAAGAUGUGACAAACGA